AUGCUGCAGCGCUUGCCACCAGAGCUUAUCGAGUGAGUCGAGGGCGCAUACUUGGGAGCAAACGUUGCCACCUCUUGCUUAUGAAGCCUCAGUACAAUCUUUCCAGGCUCAUCAUUUGCCAGGUCAUGGAGGGCAAAGAAGCAAACUUGUUCUGUGCCUAUUGGCACCCGAGAAGUUUGGAGGAUAGCACGGUCCUAUUUCUUUCUCAGACAUGUCGCGCCACUCGCCCCAUCGCCCUGAAAAGCCUUUGGCGUGAGGUCUACUGCAAUUUGGUCUCGAAAGUCCACGCGCUUCGUCGCUUGCUACAUGAUCAGCAACGGCUUGACCUGGCAUCGUACAUGCUGGAUGUGCAAAUAGCUUGGGAAUUCCAGACGAUGGAUAUUGAAGAAAACUAUCCUCACAAGUUGGGCUGGGGAGUGGACUACAGCUUCAUCGAUCGCGAAAAGGUGCGUGCCGCGGAUUGAGUUUAAUGCGCCCCACAUUGACCUUUCAGCUUUCUCAGAUUCGCAGUGAGGAGCGCUCGAAGCGAGGCAUAGUCGAGCCGCCGGAUGGAACCGCGUGGUCCGACGCGCCCACCGCACCAGAUCUUGAAGGGCGCGUUGAUAAUAGAGACCAAGCAAUUGAUUGGAAGUACAGCUGGUCCGAAGACUACGCGUGGGGCAGCGGGCCCGAUAUGCCUGCUGAUCAGCGGGAGCUUACGGACGCGUGGACGAACGUUGAGCAAAUGCCUGCAGGGUAUGGAAGAGCCUCUCUGGAAGCAGACUUGCUUCUCAUUUUGAGCCUCAUGUCGCACAUCAAGGUCUUCUCCUGGGGCGGGGACCACUGGCGACUCCCUGAAAAAUCGUCUAAAUGUCUGGGCAAGAAGCGCUUCCUACAUCGCCUGGAAACAGACUUCGAUUACACGGGCUUUGGUGAGUCCAGCCUGUCUGUCUGCCUUUGACUUGUUCUGCACAUCGUUGCCGCUUUGGGAGCUGACCGGAAGUUUGAACCCGGCCUCGCAGAACCGUACUUAUCUGACUUGUGGCACGCCGCAUCCGCUCCCAAUCUUAAAGCGCUCGCGCUACACAAUCACAGCAGCGUGCGAUACGACAUCCAUCGCGAUCAAUCAUGGUUAAGGCGUACAAAUCGUCAAACGCAAAGCUACGAUGCGCAUGCUCUUGACGUGGGAGCAUUCGGAGCGUGCAUGUCGAACAGUCUUCCCGUGAAUCCGAUAUUCCCUCUAGAUAUCAAUAAGUUGCCGAGAGGCUGGGCUCUCGGUGAUCACGAAGAGGAAGGGUAUGCUCCACACCUGCAAGGUCGGACGAAGACGAUCUUGACAAGCGUCGCGGUUGGUAGCAUCUGCAGCUUGGAGCUUAGCGACGCGCAGCUGUUUGGUUUGCGACUGAUGUUGCCAGUAUGGCUUGCUCUGGACGUCAUUGCCAAGGUCGCGCCUAGCCUAGCGUCAUUGCACGAUCUGGUGGUCGAGCCAUGCUGCAUCAGGCUUAGGACUCUUCGCGUAGAUCUAUGGCCUUGCUUAGAUUUACUGGAUCAAGCGGGAAUCAAGCAAGAGAAAGUGGACCAGGCGAACAUAGGGGCAGAAAAGAGGAUGGACGUCCAAGAAGCUGCGCUCAGGGCUGCUGCCACCUGGGUGAAGCAGGAAUGUGCCAAGACGAACGUGCCGGAUGUUCAGUUCCUUAUUCCUGAUUAUGACUACAGAAUCCGAUCUGAUGCGAGCGAGGCUGAACGGCGUCAGGUCAUCGAGACGGAAGAGAAUCGGCAAAAGCUUGCCAUAGCAGAAGACAAUCCGCAAUCCGAAUACAGAGAGCGAAUCCCACCCUUCAGAAAAUGGCUUGCUGAGGACGAAGAGCUUGCUGCCAACGUUGUGCGAGGCCUGGUGUACUGGCGGGACCAUCACAAUUGUUCACCUGCUGAGAUCAACGUGUGA